UUUGUUAGUCCAGACGAUGAAGAAGAGGAGGAGCAAACCCGCCCAUCUGCAUUUGAUGAAGACACACCGCCUAUCUCCAUCGUCGUUCCUAAACUACCACAGUGCCUACAGGAGGAAGAGGAAGAGAAGGAGAGCGACUCUGACUCAGAAGGUCCCAUUCAGUACCGAGACGAAGAGGAUGAAGAUGAAAGCCAGCAGAGUGCUCUGGCCAACAAAGUCAAGAGGAAAGACACACUGGCAAUGAAAUUGAACCACAAACCCAGUGAACCAGAUUUGAACUUGAAUUCUUGGCCUCGAAAGAGCAAAGAAGAGUGGAAUGAAAUACGGCACCAGAUUGGGAACACACUGAUCCGACGACUGAGUCAAAGACCAACACCAGAAGAACUAGAACAGCGAAAUAUACUACAACCUAAAAAUGAAGCUGAUCGUCAGGCAGAAAAACGAGAGAUUAAACGUCGGCUCACUAGAAAGCUCAGUCAAAGGCCAACUGUGGCCGAACUACUUGCCAGGAAGAUUCUGAGGUUUAAUGAAUAUGUGGAGGUAACAGAUGCGCAAGAUUAUGACCGGCGAGCCGACAAACCUUGGACCAAACUGACCCCUGCUGACAAGGCUGCCAUAAGAAAAGAACUGAAUGAAUUUAAAAGCUCAGAGAUGGAGGUUCAUGAAGACAGCAAACAUUUUACACGCUACCAUCGUCCAUGAUGCUGAAAUUUGAGAGAACUAAACAGAGCUGCUUUGCUGCUUCCGUCUCCAGAAUGACAUGGCAGGAACUUGAGCACUUACCAGCACAGCCAGAAUUAAGCUCCCCGGGAUAUACUUCUGGGGUGAACAGCACUUCUAUGAAUGUAGCAUUUCACUGGAAUGGAUUCUCCUGUGCUGCCUUAAGCAAACUGAACACUUCAUCAGUGCUUUUGAACCUUUUAAUACAGCGGCAUACUUGAGGGGUCUUCCCUCACCAGUCUCCAAUGCUCUGGGCCACUUGCAGGUUCUGAGUGUUACUGACUGCAUCACACCCUGGCCCCCAGACAUCUGCCUGUGCUGAGGCACAGCUUGCACCGUCAGCCUUACCUGCUCCAUCCUGGUUGUGAGACCCACUUGUGGCUAAAUUCCAGCCAUCAAAUCAAUUGGUGGGAGAAGCCUUCAUACCACACUGGCAUGUCAGCUGAAAGCAUUGCACUGUACCUCUUAUCACACAGCAGUAAGUCCUCUUCAGGCGUCCAGCCUGAGAAGCUCAGGAUCUGACAGCUUCAUCCUCUUUGAUACAAGUCAUCUUGAUUUUUAUUUAAAAAAUAUAUAUAUUAAAGAAGUGAUGGAGACUUACGUUUUUUCUAUUAAACAAUCUGAGCUGUAACCAGAUUCCAAGUUGGGAAAAUGCAAAACCAUGUAUGUUUUCUAUAUACAAAAACAAAAAGCGACAACAAAACGGCCUUUAUGUUAGAGCCAACUUGACAAAAAACUGGCUUGUGACUUCAAUUUUUACAGGCUAUUUGUUGUACCAAAUGAUACUCUAAAUCAUUCUGACCAAUGGAUGUAUUCUCCAUAAAGAAGAGUUGUAGCAACUCUGUGGGAGCAUUUGUGCUGGCGGCCCCCACUCUUCCAGCCAGAAUCACAGCAAGGUCUUUGGGAUGUGGGGUGCUAAAUAGGAAAAGGUCUCUGGAGAAGCAGGUAGGAGGGGCGUGAUCGUGACCCACUGCUCCUCUCCUCCUCAGUACUGUUCGCCCUCUCCUGCUCUCUGGCACUUUCCACGUCACUCAUCCCUCCUCUUGAAGCUGUAGCCAGUGUGUGGUGCCUGGGCAUGGGCUCAGCCCCCAUCCCCUUUUGUAUCUGUAAUGUAUGUUAAUAUGAUUUCCUAACACAAGCUUUCGUUACUUUCUUUGAAUUUUUAUUGAAAACCAUACAGCCUCACUGUUUCCCUCUAAUUCCUAUCCACACUAAGUGGAAGAGAAAAAUAGUUUCUAGUUAACUAAUGAAUGUGGUUUUUCCCCUUUACUUUCAUGUUCAGAAAAUUGUGACUUUUUAUAGAUUUCUUCUUUUUUCUUCUAUGGUCCCUGUUGUUCUGUAUGUAAUCAUUUCGGUAGAUGUUUCUCUUUUCUCCUUUCAUGUCCAUGUAAGAUUUGCUGAAAAAUCAGAGUAUCAGGUCAAAACAAAAAAGCUAAAGUGACCUUAAAGAGUAGUGUCUUCUGUCUGUAUGGGGGAUGGGGACAUAUUUAGAUUUCUCAGUUACCAUCAAUGCCUUAAACUGGCUCCAUAUCUUGAAACUCAUUCACAUUUGGUAUGACUGAGGGAAGAUAAGUGACAACUCUGCCAAGUUGUUAGAGGUCUAUAUAUAAGUUGGUCACACAUUAACUGCUAACUUUACUUCUAACCUUCCUGUCUUGUUGGUUUGGAGAUUACUUGGCGUAGGCUAGCAUUCUCUGUGGCUUCAGAAGACAUUUUCAAAUCCUUCUUUCACUGCCUUACUUUCCCUUAAUGUGCCAAGCUUGAAAAGGAUUUGAUUUCCUGAGCUACUUGUCUGCUUUCUAUGUGCCACUAAGGAAUCUAGUUCACCUUUUCAUCUCAUUCAUGUUCUUUUGAAACAAGAUACUUUGAGGGGGUCAAGUCUUUUUAGGUGUUUAUAUAUAAAUAUAUAUAUGUAAUAGAUUUUGUGUUCCCUUUCCAUGUAAGUAAAAAUUCACAAUCAUAAUGUAAAGAAGAAAUAAAAGCUUGAUGUAUUAUGCUUCCCUGAUGUACAGAAUCUCUUUGUAAAAUAAAUAAUUGCAUUGUAUAUCAGUCUUCCUAGCAAUAUUAAUUAUUAAAGUAUUUUAGAAAUUAAAAGAAACUA